GACUCUCUCUCCUUCUCUCUUUCUCUCUCUGUCCCUCAUGUCUGUUUUGUCAAACAUUGUUUUCAAUCUUAAAGAGGCAGAGACAGAUGUUUCAAUCUCAAACUGUCUUCAAUCUUUCUUCUGCUCCUUUCUUAUAAACAUCUUGUGAAGGGUUUGUUUAAAGCAGACUUCUUUUUUUAUGUAAAUAGUAUUAGCUUUUUAAUUGAUCUUGUUGGCAAAGAAAAAGUGUGGUGUUGUUUGAUUGGAUUUGCAAAAAGAAAGUGGAGAUUUGGUAAAAUGGGUAGUCGUUAUUUUCACUUGAGAAGUUGAAAAAGAUAUUAGUUUUUUGUUUUCAUUUGGUGUUGAUUGAGAUUAGUGCUACUUUUUCUACCAAAAGGUUGGUUCAUUUUUUUUUUAUCUUUCCUCUUCGAUUCCUUGUUUCUCUUUUGAGUUUUAGAUUGGGAAAGAAAGGUUGACGUUUGUGUCUUGAUGUUGGUUUCCUUGAAGGUUAUGUCAUUCAGUUGAAGAAAGUUGCAAGUUUUAUUAAAAGUCUUCUUUGUUUAAGAAUUUCUUUCUUCUUUUCCCUUGUUGGUGUAGAGUGAAGUCCUGGGGGGACUUGAUAAAACAAUAGUUGAUUGCAGGGAAUGAAUAGAAAGAUUGGAGUUUUUGGAGUUUAGAGCAGAUGGGGUGUUUUAGAUCUUGAAAUCUAGGGAAAGGAUAUUGCUUGCUUCAAUAGGAGAAGGUGGGUACUGUUAUAGAUCUUGAAUUCUUGCAGAUGGGAUUUUAUUGUCUUUGCAAAGGACUUGGCUGGAGGAAAUGAAUGCUUGAAGCUUUCAGCUAUGGGAGUAUAGUUGAGGGAGUUGCAUUUUCUUUGUUGAGUUGAAUACAAAAUUUCUGUGUAUUGGGGGUGUGGAAAGUUUGACAUUUUACACUUAUGGAUUGAACCAGUACUCACCAGAGUGGCAAUGUUAAGAGCAUUAGCUCAGGGCUUGUUGAUUUCUUUAUUCGUGAUCUCGGUUUCUGCCACUGAUAAUGAGUUUCCAAAUUGUAAUUGUGAUGAUGAGGGCUUGUGGAGUAUACAUAGCAUUUUGGAGUGCCAGAAGGUGAGUGAUUUCUUGAUUGCUGUGGCAUAUUUUUCGAUACCUAUUGAACUGCUUUACUUCAUUAGUUGUUCGAGCGUCCCCUUCAAAUGGGUCCUGCUUCAGUUUAUAGCCUUUAUAGUGCUUUGUGGGUUGACUCAUCUUCUCAACGGAUGGACUUAUUAUGGUCCCCACUCAUUCCAGUUGAUGCUAUCUGUCACCAUUGCCAAAUUCCUUACAGCCCUUGUUUCAUGUGCCACUGCAAUAACACUUUUAACUCUGAUCCCUCUCUUACUCAAAGUGAAAGUCAGGGAGCUUUUCUUGAGGCAAAAUGUAUUGGAGUUAGAUCAAGAGGUUGGGAUGAUGAAGAAGAAGAAGGAAGCCAGUUCACAUGUUCGAAUGUUAACACAUGAAAUCAGGAAAUCCCUGGAUAAGCAUACCAUAUUGUACACCACUUUGGUUGAGCUUUCGAAGACUUUGGAUUUGUACAACUGCGCAGUGUGGAUGCCAAAUGAGAAUGGAUCGCUGAUGAAUUUGACUCAUGAGUUGAAAGCAAGUUCUUCGAGGAGCUUUCAUUCCAUCCCAACUAAUGAUCCUGAUGUGAUGGAGAUAAAAGAGAGUGAAGGAGUGAGAAUCCUGAGGCCAGACUCAGCACUUGGGCUUGCAAGUGGUAGCGGAUCAGAUGAGGCAGGUGCUGUUGCAGCAAUUAGGAUGCCAAUGCUUCACGGUUCUAAUUUUAAAGGGGGAACACCAGAAUCAGUAGAGACUUGCUAUGCCAUUCUGGUCUUGGUUCUUCCAAGUUCGAACCAGGGUUGGAGCGAGCCGGAAAUGGAGAUUGUUGAAGUGGUUGCUGAUCAGGUAGCUGUAGCUCUGUCCCACGCUGCAGUUCUUGAAGAAUCUCAGCUAAUGAGAGAAAGACUGAGUCAGCAAAAUUGUGUGUUACAGCAGGCAAGAAAGAAUGCAAUGAUGGCCAGCCAAGCAAGGAACUCUUUUCAGAAAGUGAUGAGCCAUGGUAUGAAGAGACCAAUGCACUCAAUUUUGGGCUUACUUUCAGUGUUUCAAGAAGAAAAAAUGAAUUUCAACCAGAAGAUUGUUAUUGACACAUUGGUUAAAACAAGCAGUGUUCUCUCAACUUUGAUAAAUGAUGUGAUGGAGAUUUCAGCAAAAGAUAAUGGAAGAUUCCCGCUAGAUAUGAGACCUUUUAGCUUACAUUCCAUGAUCAAAGAAGCUUCUUGCCUUGCCAAGUGUUUGUCUGUCUAUAAAGGAUUUGGUUUUGAAGUUGGUGUUCAGAGCUCUUUGCCUCACCAAGUGAUUGGUGAUGAGAAAAGGACUUUUCAAGUAAUUUUGCAUAUGGUUGGCUAUCUACUGGACGUCAAUAACGGAGGAGGAACUGUCUUAUUUCGGGUUUUAUCAGAUGUCAGUAGCCAGGAUAAGAAUGACAAAAUAAAUGCAUGGAGAUCAAACACACAAGAUAAUUACCUGUACUUAAGGAUUGAAAUUGGUAUUCGUGGGGGCAGUUCUCAGGCAGAUGAAUCAGUCUCAACCAAACAUUCUUCUGGUGGGAGGCAUAACGAUGAUGAAAUUAAGGAGAGCCUGAAUUUCAAUAUGUGUAAAAAGCUUGUGCAGAUGAUGCAAGGUAAUAUCUGGGUAUCCACAAACUCUCUUGGGUUUGCACAGAGUAUGACCCUUCUUCUCAGGUUUCAAAUCCAACCAUAUAUCCAAAGAACCACGUUUGCAUCUGUGAACUCCACCGAGCAACCAAAUUUCAACUCCAGGUUCAGAGGUCUUCGAGUAUUACUAGCUGAUGAUGAUGAUAUAAACAGGACUGUGACCAAGAAGCUGUUAGAGAAGCUUGGUUGUGAAGUGACUUCUGUUUCUUCUGGAUUUGAAUGUCUUAGUGCAGUCAGCCAUGCUGAAAAUUCGUUCAGAAUUGUUGUUUUGGAUCUUCACAUGCCUGAAAUGGAUGGAUUUGAAGUGGCAAUGAGAAUCCGUAAGUAUCGCAGCCAUAAUUGGCCAUUGAUUAUAGCCUUGACAGCUAGUGCUGAGGAUAAUGUGCGUGAGAGAUGCCUACAAAUGGGAAUGAAUGCAGUUAUUCAGAAACCAGUUGUAUUGCAAGGGAUGGCAGAUGAGAUUCAAAGAGUUCUGCAACGGGCAGGGGAAGGGAUUUGAGGAGCUGCUCAUGCUUAGGUAAAUGGGGUGUAUACCCCUUUGUAUGCAGGACCUCUGAUUUGAUCAUUGGCCUGCAGGUAUGAGGAGGUAGUCGUCAGGGUUUUCUGGCAUUGAUUACUUUUCUCCUUUCCUUAGGUGUCGUCAGUCAGUUCACUUUCCAAAUCAGUCACUGCAUAGAGAUUUUAACACAGCAUUUGCAUUCUGCAAUUCCAUGGUAUACCAAAAUGUAGUCAUUAAAUUUUGCUAACCAUUUGGCUCAUUGAAUUUAUGGAAUGACUUGAGGUAAAGUUACUUGUACACUUAUAUUUAAUACCAAAAUCAAAUUUAGUGUGA